AUCAUUCUUAAUUCAAUGCAUAAAUACCAGCCACGACUGCAUAUUGUGAAGGCAGAUGAGAACAACGCUUUCGGGUCGAAGAACACAGCCUUCUGCACCCACGUUUUUCCAGAGACAUCCUUCAUAUCAGUGACUUCCUACCAGAAUCACAAGAUAACCCAGCUGAAAAUCGAAAACAACCCCUUUGCCAAGGGAUUCAGGGGGAGCGACGACAGCGACCUGCGUGUGGCACGACUGCAAAGCAAAGAAUAUCCAGUAAUUUCCAAAAGCAUCAUGAGGCAGAGGUUGGUGUCCAGUCAUGGCCAGCUUUCAACAAAGCCAGAUGUUAACCCACUUCAUGGGAAUCACCAGACUCUUCAACAUUAUCAGUAUGAGAACGGUGCUCACAUGCAAUUUGCAGCUUCAGAUACUCAAGAUCUGCCACUCAACACCUUCACAGCACAGAGAGAUUCAGGGCUCUUCUAUCAUUGCCUAAAAAGAAGAGAAAGUGCUCGGCACCUGGACCUGCCCUGCAAACGCUCCUACCUGGAAGCCUCCUCUUCUGUAGGAGACGAUCACUAUUUCCGUUCCCCGCCUCCGUACGACCAGCAGAUGCUAAGCCCUUCCUAUUGCAGCGAGGUGACUCCGAGGGAAGCGUGCAUGUACUCUAGUUCUGGGGCCGAAAUUGCUGGUGUCUCAACAGUUGAUGACUUGCCGCCUCCACCUCCCCCCUUGAGCUGCAAUAUGUGGACUUCUGUCGCACCUUACACCAGCUACAGUGUUCAGACAAUGGAAACUGUCCCUUACCAGCCUUUCCCUGCUCAUUUUACUGCCACCACCAUGAUGCCGCGGCUCCCAUCCAUCACGGGUCAAGGCUCGCAGCCGCCAGGUAGCAGCCACUUCAGUGUCUAUAACCAGCUGUCCCAGUCUCAGGUUCGGGAGCGUGUUCCUUCUUCAUCUUUCCCAAGGGAAAGGGUGCACCCGUCUGUGUGCGAGAGAAAACCCCCCUCUCCGCACCUAAAUGCGGCGAACGAAUUCCUGUACUCACAAAGCUUUUCCUUGUCGAGGGAGUCAUCGCUGCAGUAUCAUUCAGGGAUGGGGACUGUGGAGAACUGGACUGACGGAUGA